UUAAGGAAGUAAAUAAGGUUUGCGUAUACAAUAUUAAAAAAAAAAUUAGAAAAACACUUGAAAUGACUGAUUUUCAAUGAUAGUGCAGUAAAAUAUAAACAAAUAAGAAGUGGAUUAGGAGCUUGGUUCAAUAGUAGAGUGGCAAGUGUAUAUGGUGGUGUUAAUAUUUCUCUAUUUUUUUUGUGGUCUAUGUUAUGAAGUAAUUGUUUUUGAAAAUGCUUAAUUUUUGGCAAAUCAAGUUAUUUUAAUAAAUAUGGUUGGGAAGAUUAAGGGCGCAAUAGAAAGUAAAAUAAAAGGAGAAGGAGGCUACUAAGAGAAAGAGGCAAAAAUAGCUGUUGAAUUUAUUAAAUAUUUAAUGCUAAGAUCAAUUAAAAGAUGUAAUAGUAGACAACUAUAACGAGGAAGGAGCUUCUGAGCCAUAUACCUGAACAUAAAGAAGAAUAAAUAAUAAAAAUUGUGAUAUAAUUAUUUUAUUGAAGAAGGUGAAAACUGUUGGCUAAUAUCAUCCAAGAAAGUGAGAUAAAGAGAGCGAUAAAAAAGAGUGAAAGAAAAAGAAGAGGAAGCAAUAAAGAGAAAAAUACUAUAAGCAAUAAAUAAUGAGCCAGACAAAGAGAGCAAGAGAAAACUAUAUAGAUUUUUUUUUUGGUAGAAUAUUUAACGAUAAUGCAAUAUCCAAAGGUAAAAAAUAGUUAGAAAUACUGUAAUGAGAAAUGAGAUACUAUUCAUAAAAGAAAAUAAAGAUGAAACAUUGCUGUAAUUCAAUAAUUAGUCUUUUGAGGAAGAACAGAAGACUGAUAAAUAAUAUUAUUCAAGAGAUACAGAAAAAAUAAGAGGAGCAAUGAAAUAGAGUGAAAAAGAAAGAUAUAGCUUAUUAUUUUAUUUAAUAUUUAUUAAUGAUGCAUACUUCAAAGUUAAAAGAAAGAUGAGAGAAAUCAGGGAUGUAAUGGCAAAUAAAUAGAACGAGGAAGAAGAUAUUGAUCUCCCUACGAUCAUAAAGAAAGAUAAAGAUAACAAAUUGUGAUAAUACAAUGGUUAUUUUAUUAAAGAAGAAAAAAAAAAAGUGUGAAGAGUAAAACAGAAGGGGCAAAAAGAAAAAUAAGUAAUCUUAUAAGAAAUAACUCUUUGGCUCUAAAAAGUGCAGUUUCUAAGGAUGCAACUUUUUCCCUAUUUGAUGCCAGAGUUGGAUUCUAGCCAUUUGAACAAAGUUCGUUUUAGGAUUUCUUUCUUUUUUUUAGGAACCUUUAUACAGAAUAAAAAUGUCGUUUCUUCUCUAAAGCUCUUGAUAUAAUGAAAACGGCAUAUCACUUUCAAUCAUUAUUUAAUUUAGGCCAUUUGACCAAACUUUAUCAGGAGCUUAGUCAGUGAUACAGGACAGUAGAUGACAUGGAAGAUCAAGAACACAUACUUGAAAUGCUUUAAAAGAUAAAAAGAAGAAACAACAUAAAAUAUAGUAGAGAUUCGACUACUCGAAUACUGAACAAAAAAAAAUCACAAAACAGUUCCUUUAAAUGGCCCUGCUACUUAAAAGCUCAGGUUAAAUACUAUGGGAGCUCCUAUAGUUGCAAAAUAAAUUAACGUUGUACCUCAGAAAUCAGAUCCCGAUACGACAACAUCAAAGGCAAAUGAAGCCGAGGCGAGCCAAGAACAUCGAGACGUUGACAUCCGAGGACCCCAAACCUAUUUCUGUGAUGAAAUUAUUCAUAUACCCGAAGAUGGCAGUACACGAUUCAGCUUUAGAAAACUAUGGGCUUUUUCUGGACCUGGAUUUCUUAUGUCCAUAGCCUUUUUAGAUCCAGGCAAUAUCGAAAGCGAUUUACAGUGUGGAACUAUCGUUGAAUAUAGGCUUCUGUGGGUACUUUUAACAGCAACAAUCCUUGGUCUAUUGAUGCAACGAUUAUCUGCAAGAUUAGGUGUUGUUACUGGAUUACACAUGGCAGAGCUGUGCCAUCGACAAUAUCGGAAAGCCCCAAGGAUACUAUUAUGGCUAAUGAUGGAGGUGGCCAUCAUAGGCAGCGAUAUGCAAGAGGUUAUUGGUACUGCUAUAGCCAUUUACCUUCUGUCAAAUAAAGCGGUGCCGCUUUGGGGAGGAGUCCUAAUAACUAUCCUGGACACUUUUACGUUUCUAUUUAUCGACAACUAUGGCUUAAGGAAAUUAGAAGCUUUUUUUGUUUUAUUAAUCAGUAUUAUGACGGUUACUUUUGGAUAUGAGUAUGGUGCAUCUAAGCCGGAUUCUAUAGGGGUCAUGAAGGGCUUAUUCUUCCCUUGGUGUUCCAAUUGUGAUUCUAGAGCGUUACUGCAAGCCGUAGGGAUUAUCGGUGCAAUUAUUAUGCCACACAAUUUUUUUUUGCACUCCGCCUUAGUUAAAUCUCGAGAGAUCGACAGAAGUAAGAGUGAGAAAGUAAGGGAGGCCAACCUUUACUAUUUUGUCGAGUGCUGUUUCGCUAUCUUUGUCAGUUUGAUAAUUAAUAUUUUUGUUUUGGCUGUUUUUGCCCACGGGCUUUAUAAUAAAACCAACAAGGAAGUGCAUGAUUCUUGUCUUAAAUAUCCCUCCAUAGAUGCCUCAGUGUUUCCUAGUACCGGCCCAGAAGCGAAUGAACUAGUUGAUUCUGAUUUGUAUAAUGGAGGUAUAUUUUUGGGCUGUACAUAUGGGUUGGCUGCCAUGUAUAUAUGGGCUGUAGGGAUUUUGGCUGCUGGACAAAGUUCCACUAUGACAGGUACAUACGCAGGCCAAUUCGUAAUGGAAGGUUUCCUUAACCUACAGUGGGCAAAAUGGAAACGAGUACUUUUCACCAGAAGUAUCGCAAUUGUUCCAACCUUUUGCGUGGCAUUUUUCACCAACAUCGAAGAUCUGACUAAUUUCAAUGACGUCCUUAAUGCUUUGAUGAGCGUUCAAUUACCUUUCGCUUGCAUACCUCUAAUUGCCUUCACAAGCAGCAGAAAAAUCAUGGGGGAAUUCGUGAAUGGAAUUGGGAAUAAAAUUAUGUCGAUCACCUUAAGCUUCUCAGUGAUAGCCAUCAAUAUUUAUUUGGUGGUGGGCUCCAUCCAGGACUAUAACCUUCAUUGGGCAGCGCUAGUGGUUAUAGGAUUUAUAAGUGUAUUGUACGUGUUGUUUUGCUUAUAUUUAACCACUCAUAUGAUAAUGUCUAUGGGAAAUCACACUUUAUUACGUCUUAAUUGGGUGAAAAAAUAUGUUCAAGGACCUGUGGAUUUAGAAUUUAUGAUUCAAAAUAGUAAUUAAAGCAAGAUUCUCAUAUGGCAAACUAGCUAGAUACAUUUUCUUGAAAAAAAAAGACUAAAUCUUAAAAGAUUCAAUAUAACUUUGGCUCUGCAUAUAAAUACAAUCAACCACCCUGUAUAAUUUUUGUAAGUUAAACUCAUUUAUCUGCUAAAUACAUUAUAUGUCUCCACGGGAUUUUAUUAACUUAACAAGAUCAUAAUACGCCAAUUUAUGAAACAAUAUACGCCACCCAAAAAAAAACUAUUAACGCGCAAUUAAAGAUAUUUAUUACCGAAAUUGACGCAAUUCGAUUUAGUUACAAUUAGCCACACGAAUUCUAUAAUUUCGUUAUUAUCGCUGCUGCUAUUCAUAAAACGCUUAUUGUUGUUCUAAUUGCACGUUGUACGUGUCAAUUGUCAGCAGAUGUAUCUUUUUUUUUAAUAUUUUGAAAAAUUAACGUAAUUAGUCUUUUGACCCCGGUUAGGUUUCUUAAUUAGUGUUACGUUUAAAAGCGUACUUAUCGGAUUUUUGUAAAAUGUAUAUUUUUAAUGCUUAUUUAUGUAAAUAGUUAGGAUUAUAGUUAAAAAGAUGGAUUAUUUUGUACAUUUAGUUUUAAAUAAAACUCUGAAAGUGGAA